UAUGUUUCGAUAUUUCUUAUCGCUUAUCUUAUCAACUUCGGCGAUGAAGGGCCGAAGUACUGAUUGUACAUUGUGUGUUUCUGAGUCAGUUUAUCGCCAGCCCUGUGGUUGGUUUGAUAUUCAGAUAAGAGUUAUUGAUUGAAGUGCAGAGUCGCUAGGUACUGCACGCGAUACCACACCAACCUGCGUAGUAUUGCAGUAGUCAGACACAGAGACACUUGGUGUGCUUUACUCCUAGACCGUUAUCCACACCAGAAUGCCAGACGGUUGCGAGUGUCAAAUACGGUUCGAUAAUAAUGUGUGUGGAGUGUACUUUCCAGGCCAAACUUUGGCCGGGUUCGUGGAGCUUCGUGUAAUGCAAGCAUUCAAAGUUAAAGGUGUAAGCUUACAAAUCAAAGGUUUUGCGGAGGUUAAAUGGUCGGAAACUACUGGAACAGGAAAGGCACGCCGCACCGUGCACUACCAUGGACGUCAAGAUUACAUCAACACCGUCACCUAUCUACAAGGAUCACCCGAGGGUAAUCAGUUCGACAUAGCCCCGGGAACGCACAGCUAUCGGUUCGGUUGUGUCCUGCCCGGUAAUUUACCGGUAUCGUUCGAAGGUCCACACGGUCACAUUCGCUACACUGUUCGCGUCGUGUUGCACCGACCAUGGAAGAUCGAUCCGACCUACAAGGUCGGGUUCACCGUGCUACGACAGGUGAAUCUUAACGAGAACGGCAGCGCACUUGCUAUGCCCAGCAAGAUGGAAAUCCAAAAGGUAUUUUGCUGCGGACCGUGUGCCUCUGAUCCGCUGUACCUCUCCGCGCAGAUACCGAUCGCUGGGUACGUGCCAGGCCAAACGAUUGCCGUACGCAUUGAGUCAUCGAAUCGUAGCAAACGCCGUGUCAGUGAGUUCAGUGCAAAGCUCAUCAAGAACGUGAACUACAUCAGCCAAACGCCAUACUGUCGAGUGCGAUCGGUACCCGAAAUCGUGGCCGAAGUGCGCUGUCCCGGUGUAGCCGCUGGUGAACAUGGUGUAUGGGAUCAAUUUUUACGGAUUCCAGCCCUGCCUUCCACUAGCAACAUGUGCCAGGUGCUUACGAUAGGGUACGAAGUGGAGAUUGAGGGCAAAAUACCGGGACCGAACAUCAACCCUCGGAUUCGCAUUCCGAUAACUCUCGGUACCAUACCGCUGGCAGCCCAUGCAAUACCAACGAUGCCCAUCGGUGAUAAUGGAUUGAUGGUUUAUCCUGUUUCCGCCACUGCACCAAACGUGCCCACAUCGGUAUCCACACAGGAUCCACCACCACCGAUUCCGUAUGAUGAACUGAAACGAACCGCCCAGCAGCCAAUUCCCGUCGAUCAAUUGCCGCCACCAACGUACGAGGAGGCCGUCGGAUCUACUCCGGCCAAUAUUCUGGAGGAAGACGAGGAAGGUACCGAUACCAACAAAUUUACGCCACAAUACAUGGUUUAUCGAUUCAAUGAGUCAUAGGACCAACGAUCAACUUUAUAUGACGACUUCGUCAGUCGAAAAUAUGAGCCUACACUACUGCGGUUACUGAAAGUGAUUCACAUGGAGGCAUAGCCUCAUGCGUGCAUGCGUUUUUCAUUUGUUUGUUAGUUGUACAUGUUUAAAAUAAUAAUGUCAACCAAACCCAUAACCGACUCCUAUGGUUCUUUCACGGAUUUUCCUGGCUCGUUCUCCUCCUGAUUCUCCAUGAAUCUUCAUGCCCAUGGUUACGGUGCAUUAUACUAUGGACUUCGUCAAACCGGGGCCUAUGCCAGAACGCAGCACAUGC